AUGGUAGGAGCCAAUGACCCCUCACAGGACCUUAGCUCACCCUAUCAUGUUAGUUCAUCAGAUAAUCCAUCCUUUCUCAUUGUCCCAAAUCUUCUUGAAGGGCCAAACUAUCAUCAUUGGUCUCGAUCUUUUCGUAUGAGUCUCAUCUCCAAGAACAAGAUAGGCUUCAUUGAUGAAAGCAUAGAAGUUCCCAGUUGCACCAACCUAUUGUUCUCAGUAUGGCAGAGAGCUAACAUGCUGGUUGUUUCUUGGAUACUCAAGGUAGUGUCACCCUCUAUUGCUCAGAGCAUUAUCUGCAUGGAUAAUGCCUUCGAAAUAUGGAAUGAUCUCAGAGAAAGAUUUUCGCAGGGAGAUAUGAUUGGUAUUGCUGAUCUCCAGGACAUGAUCUCUUCUUUUAAACAAGGAGAGUUGAGUGUUACGAACUACUUUACAAAGCUCAAAAUACUAUGGGAUGAGCUCAAUCUCUUCCGGCCAUUGCUUGCUUGUUCAUGUGCCUUUAAAUGCACCUACAAUGCUCUUGGUAAUGUUACAAAAUAUAAGACACAAGAUCAAGUGAUUAGGUUCCUAAGGGGACUUAAUGAUAAUUAUUCAACUGUAAAAACUCAGAUUCUCCUGAUGGAUCCUUUACCAUCCUUGAAUCGAGUUUUCUCCCUUGUAGUGCAGCAAGAGAGACAGAUCUUUGGUGAACAGUCCAACCAUCCAAAGGCCAUGGCUGUUGCUGGCAAAGGUUACAGAAACAACUUUGGAAGAGGUAAUGGUUCUGAAGGAGGCAAUAUGCCUCAAAAUAAGACAGACUAUGGUCGGGGUAACAACACAAAAGUGUGCAACCAUUGUGGGAAAACAGGACACACCAUUGAUACAUGCUAUAGGAAGCAUGGUUUUCCACCGCAUUUCAAGUUUAAAAAUCAGAACCAUGAUCAAGGCCAUGCUAAUGCAGUUCUUUAA